AUGGAACGGCUAUCGAAGCCAGAGGAUCAGGAAAAGUCCCAGCCGCAGACGACGACAACCUGCACCGACGGAAACGACCUCCGUGUCCCAAUGCCGGCCACGCCAACGCUUCCUUCUACUCCUGCCCCAACAUCUGCUCCUACUCCUGCGCCUCCCACUCCCACUCCAGAGCGUGCUCCUACCCCGGCACCCGCACCGACACCGGCACAGGAAGAGCCUGUUGCUGCUGCCAUUCCUGAACCCUCGACUCCCGCACCGUCCUCUGAGCCCAUGUCUACACCGAGGACUCCUCCUGCGUCGCACCCGUAUCGCAAUUCCAGGCGCGCUUCGACGUUCAGGAUCACGUCGCCGCGUUCGUCUCACUAUCCCAUGGAUUGGCAGCCUCGACCGUUCGUGCAAAGGACGCCAGAGCAGAUACGGCUUGCCACCUCUGCAUUCCCACUUCCUCAGACACCAGCGCCAGUGGUAGAGCCUCCUCACCCCCCUGCACAGAAGCCUGCACGCAAGCGCAGGUCAUCCAAGUCCAAGAAGAGCAGGAAGGAAGAGGAGUGCCCCCCAACCAUGCCGAGUAUGGUGGAGCAUUGCCGCGGGGAGAACGUCGUCAGCCUGGGUGUCGAGGAAGGCAUCCGUCAGAUGACCUCGAGCUCGUCGAGCCUGCGAGUGUUCAUUGAGAGAGUGGCCACAGAUGUCAAGAAGGCGGCUGUUGACGCAGUGAACUACACCGCACUUGGAGCUGUGGAUUCGCUGAAGCAGGAUGGGCUGACGCUGGCUUUGACCAUCGCAAAGGAGAAGUUCAUGGCUUGA